AGUGUUGUCUAUGCAAAACCUUGGGUCAGCUGAGCUGGGAGGAUGGGUGGCAGUGGGAAUGAACCCCGUCCCUGUGUCCCCAGCCUGCCCUCCUAUCUGCUCUCUGUCCUGUGUCCCGGGGGGUGAACACUGCCCCACAGUCAUAUAUGGGCAGGGGCUUCCUGUGGGAGAAGCAGAAAGAUUGUCAAUGCCUUGAUGAAACCUCAGGACCAACAAGGCCCUGAUGUCAGCCCAGGCCCCUCACAGAUACCAGCCUGGGCAUCAGUGGGGAGAAUAACUGAAGAAGGUGGGCUCAGCCCUUGCUCUCACUGCUCACAGGGUGAGUCUGGGGGCCCACUCGUGCGUAAUGGUGUUGCCCAGGGCAUUGUGUCCUGUGGAGAAGAGUAUGGGAGGACUCCAAAUGCCCACACCAGAAUCUCCAGCUUUCUGUCUUGGAUCCAAACAACAGUGAGACAGUACAAAUGGCAGGGAUCAGCCUGAGGUGCCCCUGGGAUGGACCCCUCCAUCUUCCCUGGAAUGGGUGCACUGGGCAAAGUGGGUGAAGGAGGGCUGCCUGGAAUUCAAUAAACUCCUCUCUUGAGCAGAGAUCACUGAUUCCUCUUUUAUUUACCUAAACACAUUUGUUAGGCACGUAUUCUGUCAGGCAACCGUCUAUUCACCUCUGCUCUUCCUCCUCCAGCACAUACACCGCACCCCACCCCCACCUUCCAACUCUGAACUAAAAACUUCUGCUGUACCGACAGCCAGUUCCCUCCAGUCACAUGUCCCCAGAGCUAUCCCCCUGCAGGAUGCCCAUGAGCUCCAUCGGAGAAAGAAGACCCCUCCUCAGGAACACAUGACCCUCUUGUUAACGAUCCUCGUGUCUCAUCCAUAUGCCCUCCUCCUCAUCCACACUUACUCUCCUAUCCCCCAUCCCAGUGCCCAGGGGGCAGCAGAAGAGAAUGUAGAUUUGGAAGGAGGGCCACCUGAGGCUCUGGGGUUGAGGGGGGCACUUGUCAAUCCUAACAGAAGUGGGGGAGGUUUACAAAGGUGAAGCUCACCUAAUGGAGUCCCUCUCCGCAUCAGAAGAGACAGAGGUGAGAAGUCUGAGAAAGUUUCAGGAGGGCUUCAGUAUUCCCAGGCCCAGCUUGAGUGCCUGUCACAGCCCUGUCUUGGGGUCCUGGGUCCAGGGCUGUAUACAGCCUCUGAUGUCUUGACAGCAUAUCUUCCUUCAGCCCCAAGUGAUCUUGAGGGAGCUCUUCCAUCUUGGGCUGAGCCAGCUUCUCCCCACCUCCAUUAUCGCCAUGUGGGUGUGUAUAUAAAUGUAUUUAUCCCUAAAGGAAACUAUUUGUAAUAAAAAGUUUUGGAUUCAGGGGUAUCCUAAUGUUUCAAAGGUUUCAUAUAACUUAUAGGAUAUUGACUCAAAUUUUCCUUCUAUUUAUCAAUAAUCUCUGAAUUUUUUAUCUAUGAAUGUAUUUGGGAAAGUUACUAAUUUUUAAAACAUGCAGCUCAGGGAAGGCUAGGCUGAAGGGGAGUGAUUUGCUAAACAUUUGCAUGGUGAGUGAGUUUUGACUGUGGCAAAAUGUAUUUUGGAUGGAAGAGCAACAGACAUCAUAGUUAAAUAUGGAACAUAUAAAUAAGAAAGUUAAAAGAAGUGCAGAAUUCCAUCAUCAUCAGAUCAUCAUUAAUGCUUAAACAUGUUUCCUUUUGCUCUUUUUCUAUUUGUUCAUAAGAUGUUGUUCCUUCAGUUCACUUGGGAUUGGGUUGUAUAGAACUCCUCAUGCUGUCCUUUCCAUUCCUCUUUCUUCUGUCCUCAUACUGGUGAGAGUGUGGGGUCAUCUGCACAUGUUUAGGAUGGCCUGGCCCAGGGUUAUCUGAAGCAUGGGGCUCUGGACACUGCAGAAUACUUUGUGGGGAGUAAUUACUAGGAUGAGCAGCAUCUGUAUCUCUUUCAUCACUCACCAGUCACCAGCAUGUUUGGAGAGGAAGCCCCUUCCCACUCAUAAGCACUCUGAUUUGGGUGGAAGAGCCCCUAUCUCAGCCUGAGGGAUGCUCAGUGCCAAAGGUCCCAGGGAUGGUUUGUGUUGGUCCAGUGAGUAUCAAGCCCAGGACUUUAUUCAGAACUGUGGGUAAGAAAAGCUCCCUAUGUUGUGAAAUAUUUACAUUUAAACAGGCAAUUCUAAACACUCCAAAAAUAUGAGGCUAGAAUGGUAAUAGGAUAGGAAAUGGGAUUGCUGUUUGGGGCACUUGGGUGUGUCCAGGGUACCUGCUCAUAAGGCAAGUCCAGGCUCUGCCUUCUCACGUGGCGCCAAGCAGACCCCCUUGUCUUGGUCCUCACCAUCUUUCUCUCUACCCACAGAUGCUAAGUCUACCUCUGCCUGCUGUCAGCUUCUCAAGGGCAGGAACUGUGUCUCUCAGAUCCCUGGGCCUUGCUGUUGAGUAAUUACUCAUGAUCUCAUCAGAAUCACAAAAGAACCAGCAGUGGGGAGAUGGAGACAAUCUCCAUCCGGUCACUGAGGUGCUCCUGGAGUCCGGCCCCUCUGCGGCUCUAGUAUGGAGAAAUCCUUGCCGUCUGUUAGAUUAGUGACUAAUGGGGCGUGGGAUUCAAGUUUCAAUUAUACAUGAUGGCCCAUCUCUGGAGUCCUGCCUCCCAAGUAAUGAGCAUUGAGCUAAAAUGCCUUUGAUUACAACACAGGACACAUCCUGGUCAGGCCCACCAAGGAAAGACUGCAGGACAGAAGAAACCGACACAUCCUCUCUGGAGGCUGACGGGAACCAAGGAACGUUUGGUGCUACUCCCUCCUCUAUCACAGUGUAAAAGAAGCCUGAAUUCUAACUCAGGCAAGACGGUUCCUUGGGCCUCAAGUCCACCAUCUUCUUGGUCUGCUGGCUUUCCAAGUAGAGUCACUAUUCCUCGCCCAAACAACUCAUCUCUCUGUUUACUGACCUUCUGUACAGCAAUGAGCUUGGACUUGGUAACGCUGACUGCACCCCAGCCUCCACUUUCCUGUUGUUCCUCUUGCUUUGUGACUCUGCAGUGGGAGAGCAAGUGUGGUGAUUGCCAUUCUCACCUAUCCCACAGCAGAGAACACGGGCACACGUGGCGUGCUCACACCUGGCUGGGGGUGCACAGCUCUGGGAGGUCUGUGGGGUCACUGAGCCUCCCCUCCUUCCUUCCUCUAUGCUUUGUGUCUGGAAGGAAGAAACCCCAGCAGCUGUGACCUGGGCAGACCUUCUGGAAGAUGCAGCCACUCCUGCUCCUGAUGGCCUUUCUUCUGCCUCCUGGGCUGGGACAGGCAGGGAAACUUCUGGGACACAAAACAUUCACCUCAGGAGGAGGCAGAAGAAUAGAAGCUGUCCCCAGUGUCGUGAUUCACUGAGAGCUUGUUGGGGGCUCAAGUACCUGAGAGAGAAAUGGGGCUCAAAGUCUGGCAGGAGGAAGUAGGGGCAGCAACUGACUGGGCAGCCUCGCCGGGAAGAUGCGGCCGCUCCUGCUCCUGGUGGCCUUUCUCCUGUUCCCCAGGGUUUGGGCAGGGCAGAUCAUCGGAGGCCGAGAGGCCAGGCCCCAUUCCUACCCAUACAUGGCAUUUAUUCAGAUACGAACUCCAGUACGUCGGAAAGUUUGUGGGGGGUUCCUGGUGCGUGAAGACUUUGUGAUGACGGCAGCUCACUGCCUGGGAAGCCAAAUGAAUGUCAUCCUGGGGGCCCACAACAUCAGGACAUUGGAAGGCACGCAGCAGCGCAUCCCUGUGGUCAGACCCAUCCCCCACCCCGGAUACAGUCCGCUGCAGAGCCACAGCAAUGACAUCAUGUUACUGCAGCUGGCGAACAGAGUCCAGCGUAAUCGAUUCGUGAGGCCGGUGCCUCUGCCUCAGACUCAGAACAGACUCAGGCCUGGGACCCGGUGCACCGUGGCCGGCUGGGGCCUGACUGGUCCAAACACGAGAACAGACACGCUCCAGUGUGUGCAGCUGAGGGUGCAGAGGGACGGGGUGUGCAGAAGACGCUUCGUGUCAUACAACGGCCGAACACAGAUCUGUGUGGGGGACCCGAGACAGAGGAAGUCUGCCUUUGUGGGGGACUCCGGGGGCCCCCUCGUGUGUAAUAAUGUGGCCCAGGGCAUUGUCUCCUAUGGAGAUAGGAUGGGGACCCCUCCAGCAGUCUUCACCAGAAUUUCCAGCUUCCUGCCCUGGAUAAGGAGAACAAUGAGACGCUUCAAAGAGUGGAGACCAGAGUGACAUCCCGAGACUGAGUCUCCUUCUCUGGGGCAGAGCCCAGCUCCAGGGCAGUUCCCAGAGCCUUAAUAAACGCCCUAGCCUGGGGUGGAAAUGA